GAGUUUCUUUUGCUUAAUCGCUUGUGUUUGUAUUUCACUAUAUCAGAGACUUGUAGGAUAUCUGGAAAGUACCAUCGGAGGUGAAAUCUGUCGAUGCAGUGGGUUUACUCGAUGAUUAUAUUACAGCUUUAAUCGCAUUAGAAAGGAAGGUUAGCAUUCAAGAAGAAGAUAUGAUAUUAAUUAACGUGGGUUUAAGUGGCAUUGGAUUAGCUGCAGUUGAUCUUGCAACAAAUGUAUUCAAAGCUCAGGUAAUUAGCGUUUCUGCUACUGAAGAUGGGGCAGCUCUUGCUAGAGAAAAAGGUGUGCUUGCGUCUUUUAAAUAUAAAGAUAAAACAUUAUUGAAACAAAUCGAAGAGAUAGCUGCAGAUAAUGAUAUUACAGAAAUCUUUGAUGACGCAGAUGGUGAAUAUUUUAAAAAAGUGUUAAGUUGUUUUACUAAUAUUUACAAAAAUGAGACUACCAUAAAAGAUAUGUUGCGUGAUGAUAAUUUUGCAGUUGUGUUACACCACCUGUCCCGCGAAGGGAGAGUAAUAAUCGCUGGUUCAGCAGUAACUGUAGAAAAUAGUGACUCUGAUACGCAAAAGAAUGGCUUUUCCGUUAGUGGAUUUAACUUGAGGCAAUAUAGGAAGAAGAAGCCUGAGUCAUAUCGACAAGCAGGGGAUGAUAUCUUGCAAUUUAUCGACGAGGGUCUAAUUAAACCAGCUUGCUCAUUAACAGUUGGAUUACCAAAAAUAAAUGAUGCAUUGGACUUUAUUCUUAGCUGUAAAUCUGCAGGAAAAGUUAUUAUCAAUAUAAAAGAUAGGUAGGUUUAGCUCAAAUAAAUAAAUUAAUGAAAAAAUUUGCAUCGGUAUAAAUAAUGAAUAUCUAUUAAAAAUAUGUGCAAAGCUAUUUUACACUUUAUCGAAUAUAAAUAACACUGCAAACUUGAAUUAGAACUAUUUUUAAGGAUUAAUUAAGUACAUUAAGCUUUUCAUUUACGGCAUAAAAAUUAUAUUAAAAAUAAAUUGACUGUAUCUUUUGUAUAAUAUCUUUGAAUAAAUAUCUUUUUUUUACGAUGAUUGAAAAUGAG